AAUCUAACCCGAAGUCGAAUCCCACGCAAUUCAACCGAACCCGAGUGCGUAUUUUUCCUCUAUGGUUCGUCACUCUCUUACAUUAUCACCGGCACCGCACUGUGUAGUUUCUACUCCGUACUUGCUGGUAGUCUCUAAGCCCAACCCAGUCAGCUCAAAUGGCCACGCGUCACCUGACUACUCUCCCCUCAUUCACGACUCUCUCGAAACAACCCACUUUUCCAUUUCCAACUUCACUCAAAUUAUUCCCCAGAUUUUCUCUCUCUUCUCUCAAAUUCUCCACUAUCUGUGCUUCUUCUUCUGCGUCAUCCAUGGCUUCCGAUGCUAAAAGGGUCUUAGUUCCAAUAGCAAAUGGAACAGAGCCUAUGGAGGCAGUGAUCACCGUUGAUGUAUUGAGGAGAGCUGGUGCUGAAGUGACUGUAGCUUCUGUUGAGAAGGAGCUUCAGGUUGAUGCUUGUCAUGAUGUCAAGAUUGUCGCUGAUGCGCUGAUAAAUGACUGUAAUCAGACGGUUUUCGAUCUCAUUUCUCUUCCUGGGGGGAUGCCAGGUGCUACUUCUCUGAAAGACUCAGCAACUUUAAGAAGCAUGGUGGAGAAGCAGGCUGCAGAUGGUCGUCUUCAUGCUGCAAUCUGUGCAGCACCAGCAGUUGCCUUGGGUUCAUGGGGCUUGCUUGAAGGUUUGAAGGCAACUUCUUACCCUUCCUUUAUGGAGCAAUUGUCAUCUUCAGCAAUUGCAGUUGAAUCAAGGGUUCAGAAGGAUGGUAAAGUGGUGACAAGUCGAGGGCCAGGUACUACCCUGGAAUACUCCGUGACACUUGUUGAACAAUUAUAUGGGAAGCAAAAGGCUGAUGAAGUUGCUGGGCCACUGAUCAUGCGGCCCAAUCAUGGCGAAGAAUAUUUAAUCCGGGAGCUGAAUCCGGUGGAGUGGACAUUUAGUGAUUGUCCACAGAUUCUUGUGCCAAUAGCGGAUGGUUCAGAGGAAAUGGAGGCUGUUAUUAUAAUUGAUGUCCUGCGACGAGCUAAAGCAAAAGUUGUUGUGGCCUCUAUUGGAGGAAAACAGGAGAUAUUGGCUUCUCGGAAAGUGAAACUAGUGGCGGAUACACAUCUUGAUGAGGCUGCAAAGUCCUCAUAUGAUCUUAUUGUCUUGCCUGGUGGACUUGGUGGCGCCCAGGAGUUUGCGGCCUCGGAGAAGUUGAUUGAGAUGCUGAAGAAGCAAAGGGAAUCGAACAAACCUUAUGGAGCAAUAUGUGCAUCUCCAGCUCUAGUCUUUGAACCUCAUGGCUUGCUUAAGGGGAAGAAGGCAACAGCAUUCCCUGCUCUGUGCAAUAAGCUAUCAGACGAAAGUGAAGUUGAGAACAGGGUUGUGGUUGAUGGCAACCUUAUAACUAGUAGAGGGCCAGGCACCACCAUGGAAUUCGCACUGGCCAUAGUGGAGAAAUUUUUCGGUCGCCAACAAGCAAUUGAACUUGCAAAGGUGAUGGUGUUUGUUCAUCCAUAGACUUGACUAAAUUACUGAGAGACGACGAGCUUUGUAGUUGAGCAAGCACUAAACUUGUAAGGUUUCUGUCUGUUGUUACACAAAGAAGCUUUUCUGAAAUAACAAAUAAUGUCUAAAUCUAAUGCAAAAUUAACUUAUGUA